AUGCUAAUCAAGAGCAACGGUAAAGCUCUCCGACGGCCCUCGCUGUCCCCGGAUGGCAAGACUUUGGCAGUCAUUGCGCCAGAUGACAGGAUUCACCUCAUUGACCUCGCCGAGGCCGCCCAGGGUCGGAAAUUCAUCAAUGGCGUCAAAAUCACCAAGAGCGUCCGCCCGUUCAUUCGAAUGUGCACUCUCCUCCGAUGGUCGCCAGAACUCAUGUUUCUCCCUAGUGACGAGGCUCUCGAUGUUCAGUCAAGCAGCACAUCAGAACGCGAGCUCGGAAAGUCCUGGCUGCUGCUCUCCGACACCCGGCGGGUCAUUGCCCUAAGCACCGAACUGAGAAAUCCGGAAAUGAUGCCAACGGACGACAAGGAGGGUAUCAAAUCGAACAUUCUAGCCGACUACGACCUCGGAGGCCAUAACGGCAAAGUCAGUCUUCUUGACUUUGUCUUCGACCAUCGCCACGCUUUGGUGAUUUUCGACUUAGGCUCGUUAGCCGCGAUCCUCAGCUUGUCUCGACCUCAACGCGACGAGAUUCCCCACGUCAAAUUUCCAGACGCCCGGAGUCUUGCCCGAGCACCAGAUUCAAGAUAUUUUGCUCUACUUCGGCGUGAUAAAGCACAAGACAGAGUAACAGUGUUUCAUUUAGGUGACAAUAAUCAGCUGUCCUACAAGUCCUUUGAUUGCAAUACCUCCGAUGCACAGAGCGUAACCUGGUGUCCAACUGGGCAACCUCUUCUGGCUAUCUGCGACUCAGCAGCUUACGGAGUCAAGGUGUCCUUCGUGACUGCUCAAGGCCAUGUUCUAAAUCAGUUUGAUAUCGGUCAGUCGGCCUUCCAGUGGGACCACAGCUUUAUUCCUUCAUGUCAUUUAGAAGGCGUGGGCUUGACUUACUGGAGUUGGAGGAGAGCAAGCCAAUGUGAUAACGACCUUAGCCUUCAAGUCCUGGCGAACGGAGAGAAGCAGGUUCUGCUGAGAUCCCAGCCCAUCAACAGCAGGAGAGCACGCCCCAUUGCGCAAAUUGUCCAUCCAGACUCGGUCGACGGCUCAAAAACUCUUGUAUGGCUGGAGUCCACCAAAGCCACAGCGGACAAGCUCUCAGAAUUCACGAGGCAAAUUGAUGCCUUUGGAGUCACACAGACAUCCCCUGCUGCUCCUGACUCGAGGUCACAACCCAAAUCUGAUGCCCAGGCUCCAGCUCAAGAUCCCCACCAGGUUGACAUCGUCGAGCCGAAUUGCGCGCAGACAAUCGUGGCCACACGCCUGCGCUCUUCUCCUCGGAUGCUCUUCCUGUGGAAAUCACAUGAUACCACACGUCCACAUGCCGUGGUUGUCUUUAGACACGGCAUACGGCAAAUCCAUUUCCAUCCAUACCUCCCUCAUGUCCUUGUCAUCCUCACAAUUUCCAAGUAUCCGAGGAUAUAUGCAUGGUAUCAACCUGCCUUACCCCCCAUCACGGGCUUGAUUCCUAUCGAUACAAUUUCAUCAACAAACUUCUCUGGAGCCUGGUUGCCUGGAUGCGUUAGCCGUGCGGGCUCCUCCCGGUCCAACAGCACGACGGCUGGUGAUCGUCAGAGAUGUCCCUUUCUCUUCACCUCCAAUACGGCGUUUGAGGCGGGUUACCUCUCCAACCAUCAGGGACAAGUUGUCUUUGAAAGCAUAUUGCACCGCCCUUCACAACAAGACGGCGACGUAACUUUAGGCAUGGAGGCCGACGAGUCGACAACAGAAAUCAUCGAUACACCGAGUCGUCCGAGCAAACACCAACCGGGAGAGAGUGCGAGUGAAGGGGCUAAAAAGGCCCGCUUCAGCGUGCACGAGGAUUCUAAGAAACACUGGAUGGAUGAUCCCGUCCAUCAGCAGCCCGGGUAUGGUCACGCUUGGUGA